AUGCAGCUGCUGCACUGGUCAAAUCUCCAGCCCAAAGGGCCCGAUAAUCUCGCUGUCAUCAGGUUCAACCAACCCAUUGUCGUCCAAUCUCUCAGAAUUUAUCCAAAGCACGCGACACCGUUCCAGAAAUGCCCUGGAGUCUUCGCUGAGACCGAGCCUGAUGCCUUCUUUGUCGACGUUUACCUCAACGCCGUGCCAGACCCACAGUCCGGGGAGAAAUGGUCCCCGAAUAUCCUGGGUCUCACUAGGAUUGCGUACACAGGAGGGAUGCUUGAUUUUCCUAUAGCUUGGAGCACCCCCUGCAUGACGCGCUUGGUGAUUUUGAAGGGCUCGUUUGCAACGCUUGGAAUAGCCAUCUACGGCGCAACGCUAGCUAAAUCUGGAGUGUUGGAAGAGUACAAGCCCACACCCCUGCCAGAAAUAGAGAAACGUCCACUACACCCUUCCUUGGACCCCUCCGCCAACUCUGAUCCUACCAUGCUAGCGCAGUCGUUGCUCGCGCUCAUACCCGAUGGGGGCCCAUUCCCGCGACCUACAGUUCCCAUGGUACUGCGCCUUAUGUUUUGCCUCAAAGCGCCAGACGAGGAUUGGGAGACGCCAGGAUUCCCGUUUGUCUUUACGGACUUGGAGGGUUUGAUUCGUCCUCAGCGGCGACAGGCAGUAAAGCGAGAAGAAGAUGAGGAGGAUCCUGUUUUGUUGUCCGAUGACGAUGACGAUGACCAGGUCGAUGUACAAGUGGGCGUAGAGUUGCUGCAACAGGUCGCACUGGCAACAACUCGGCCUGCAUCCGACGAUACACCAUACGACAAGUUCUCCCAGCUAGCAGCACGCAUCAUGACUGCAAUCGAGAAUGAUAGACAGAAUCACCCGCAAGAGGUGGCUAUUCAAUUUGCGCAGAUCUUGGCCAAUAGUGCAUCACAACAUGCCGAUAUGGCGCGCACUUUGAUCGAACACAUUUCGCUACCUGUAUUCUUCUCUACCAUUGAACUGUUGACGGAUGGCGUCCUAUCUUGCUUACGCGAUGCAGCAGCAAACCCGGAUAUUGCCCACGCGUUGAGUACGCCUGGUUUCAUCAACCUAUUGCGCAACAUACUCGGCCUACCGAGUCUCACCGAUCGCCGCGGUACCACUGACAACGCCAGAGAUAUGCAUGUAGAAGACGGCAGGAUUGAUAACGAUGACACAGUGAAACGAGAAUCCCGUUCAACCUCACCACUCUCUCCAAUAUCUCCGAUAUCGACAUCUCAUACAGCUACCUCUUCGUCCACAUACCCCACGACUACGCAUAACGAAGACCUAGAAAUCAACGUGCCUACGAUACCUCCGGUGACGGCCAGUGAACAGCAGCGAAAAGUCGCUUCGGAGCUUCUCCAAUUGCUCUACAUGCAGUCCUUAGUAAACGAUGUGCUGUGUAACACAAGGGCGCAUUUUAACAUGUGCGCGGAGACUAUGUGGCGGUCGUUGGGAAGCAGAGAGGCGGUCGUUGGCGCGUGGAUAGAGAGCAUGAUAGGAGGACCCGCCACACUAGGAGAACAGGAGCACUCUUCUGCGGCGGAAAGGCUCAAGGGAAGCCCCGUCGUUCCUGGGAUUCAUAGCGAAUCUUGGGCAAAGGCCUUGCGUCUUUUCAAGAGCGACGUUCGAAGUCGGUUGGAAGAAAUGCUUCUCCAGUGGGACGGUAGUGGUGAAGCGAGAGAGGUAGAUGAAGAAUAUACUGAAGGAAGGAUAGGUCAUGCUGAAUUCAUUGCAUUCGUGCGAGCAUAUAUUGGCGUGGGGUCCGUUGUAGGUGUAUUUGCCUGGGCAGAUAGCUGCCCAGAAUCUGCCUGUCGGGAACGCGCCCUCGGAAUCAUUCACCUCUGGCAGAAUGUCGAAGGCUACCGCGAGAUCGUCAAGCAUUUCCUGCUACUUCCGCAGAUCGUUACGAGAUUGGAGUACAAUGUUUCCCGCCACGAGGUACCUCGUUCGGCAGGCACGCUCGCCGAGAAGAUCCUCGUAUCGACGGUCUCGGAGCCCAGCAUCCUCUCGUCCUAUAGCGCUGUCCCGAGGAACGUGCUGAAACUUGGGGAUGGCGACGACGACGGGAGCAGAGAAGGUUCCGCGCAGGGCCAGCUAUUCACUUAUAUCCCAUCCAACACCCUGCUGGAAAUGCGCAAAAUGGCGUGGGUCGCGCAUGAUGGGAUACCUGGGGCUUUAGAUGAGCUGAGGUACUUUGCGGAGGAACGGCGGGAAUGGGAGACGAACGCGACGAGUGGUCUGCCACCCCGCCAGGAGGAAGGAAGCGGGGAAGAGAAGAAAGACGAACCCACCGACUCUUCUUCUCGUCGACCACUUUCACUUCGACGGCUUCGGACGCUACGGGUCGCCAUAUCUGUCGUUAUGCAAGAGCUAGCGGUUGUUCAGAAGGGACGGAUCAAUCGGCCCUCUGAUGGCUUAGAGGAACAACAAAUAUUCGAAGGACUGUGGCAAGAAGAUGGUUUCGGUCUUUUCUCUAUCCUUGUAGAUCUAGUUGACACUAUUGCCGAGGACCUGGCAGAUCAGCUCCAAAUCGCCGUUGCCAAUACCUUCAGUAGUGUUUCGCCUCCACUUUCGUCUCCAGCUGUUCUCGAGCAACUCUUGUCAGGAAGCCGCGACGCAUUGACACUCAUCCUAACUUUGAUGCGCUUGGGGUUUCCACCUUCGUUGACGAUAAGAACCAUCCGCGCGAUCGCCGAUCCUGUCAUAGACACCUACGUAUCUUGCGACUUGGCGCUAACCAAUUACCAGACCAGCGCAGGGAACGGCGGACUAGAAGGCUCCUGGUGGGCGAUCUCCGACAAGGCGGGCGAUGGGGCUACUGCCGGCGCCAGUAUAUACGAUGUGGCAUCGCGCUUGGUGUCGAUAUGCACGGAAGUCCUGCAUAUGCUGUGCGACGCUGUUACUGCUUCCGGUCAGGAAGGAUCGGUGAUAGUGAUGAAAUCGUUGCUGCGGGCGGGGGAGAUGUAUGCACGGGGCUGGAGGAGGCGGGAUCCAGCAACUAGUCUGGCACAGGUGUGUCGUCUCGUUGACGAGGUCAUACCGUCCCCAGACCCCGGAGCGCAAUCCGACGAAAUUGACAUGAAGGAAGAGAAUGGCACUAGAGCCGAAUCGCCGGCUAGACAGGAACAGAAGGGACAUCGAUGGAGUCAAACAGUUCUUACCCAAACCCUUCCGGACUUUCAGGCGUUCAUUAGAUUGCUAGAUGUUGAUAACCGAAUGCAAUUGACCAGGAGACUAGUCGCGGUCGAUAACGACGUUAUUGGUAUCGGGCCCUGGUUGGUGAUGGAAGAUCUGCGAUUCACGACGUCCUUGCUGCAAACUUGCAAACUCCGCGACGAUCCGGCGAAGUCCCAGGGCAAGGCGCAUGAAGCUCUCUGCCUUCAGCGUGCUGAUCAGAUCGUGCAGUAUCUCCAUUCCCUGGCUACUACAACCUCGCCUUCGUGGCUGCAACAGUGGCUGUCCGAGUCAUCAGAAGUCACACAAACCCUGAAGCAGUUCCUCGACCUACUUAUAGAGGGACAUGCCUUCUCGCCUCCGUGCCUACUAUUCUCAGAAUGGCUACAAGGCCACAUCAAGAAUAUAGGCGGCCUAAACACUAAAGGCCUUCACUUAUGCAUGCGCCUCCGCGACAUCCAGAGUAAGCCGUCUGUAUCUCUAGAUAGUCGGCCGUUACUGUCCAUUCUUCAAGAGUGGAACUCGACAUUGCAUUUGGAUAUUUUGCGGCGAGAAUUGGGCCACACCCUCAUGGCGUAUGCUUUCCCAGAGGCAACUCUGGAACACAUUUCCCUCGAAACCUCUGAAUCCAUAUUAUCAAUACUGGAGUGGAUGAUCGAGCAGAAUGAGCCGAAGCUGCUCGCGCUCACCGGCGUAACGAAUACUCAAUAUAUCAGGCUUUGUGACCGAAUGUAUCAACUGCUACCCUACAGUAGAGCAGACACUCUACACGAUGUUCGCUCGCGGUUCUACGUCGAAGAACCAUCCAACGGUGUACUUAGCGAGCCAAAGCAAUUGCUUUCGUCUCCAGUGCUUUCCAUCAACGACAUCCAGGAGGCCUUGCAGCCUAUGCGGCUCGAGACUCCACAGACUCCUACUCGGCGUACACCAGAUGUUCUCGGUUCCAUAGUUUCACCCCCAGCGGCUCUUCUACGUUCCCCCGCGGCCACUGGGCUAACCAAAACCUAUUCCAACAAUGACUUUCGACAACUUCGUGUUACACCAACCGCAAGACAGAACACGAGCAGACUACCAAGCAUGCACGUCGACGUGGGUAUACUCCGCACGGUCGAUUGA